AUGUUUUUUCUUAUUCUCAGUCUCUUUUGCUGCUACGCUCAUGCGCUUAUCAAGUUCGAUACAAACUGCACCCUUCCCGCGGAGACAGUGAAUCAUGUUUCCGCCCCGAAUACGCGCGGUACCCUCACUAUUCUCUGGGCCAAUCUUCUCAGGAUUAUCCUCUGCACCUGGACGGUUCAGCACCCGGACAUUCCCAGGCCGCGAGAGAAUUCCAAGCCCGGCUUCAACGGCAAGAUCCAGUACUGGAGUCACCAGUACACACAUCAACUCGUGUGGUUCGUGAUUACAAUUAUCGCGCCCGAGGUGCUUCUCGCAAAACAUGGGUAUGAUCUUUGGGAAGCAAAGCGUAACCUCCACGGGUUGCAAGCACGCGCACAGGAGGAUGGGGUAGAGUGGACGAUCACUCAUUCUUUGCAUGCUAAUAUGGGAGGCUUUUUGAUGAGGGUGAACUCAGCAUCAUCUAGACGAAGACCACUAGGGAUGCGUCCCACACGUCCAAGUGAGCCUGCGCCGAUACUCCACGAACUAAGCACCAAUGAGGACGAUCUUCCGCAUCCCCUUCCCAUCUUCCCACGACGAGCGAGCAUGACGUUUGACAUACGCUCUGGCCUCGCUAACAGCAGCCCUGUAGAAAGCAACGCGCCGCCCCUGGUGCUGAAUCUCACUCUCCCAGGCAGUUCUGACAAGCAUUGCGCCGGACACUCUUCAAGAUCCCACGAAUCAGGUCUUGUCUUCGUAGAAACGAGCAGUCGUUGUAUUUGA